UUCUGUUUUUUCCCUGCGUCCUCAUUAAACGCGGAACUGUAGAAUCAGAGGAAAUAACAGGCACAACAAACACGAAGGGCGUGUAGAUUAACAGGAAAGCGCUGGUAUGUGCUGAGGAAUGAGGAGAACAUGUGAAGGAAAGCGAGGAAUUAGGACGGAGCCUGUUCAUUUUCUGCACUAUUGCUGCGUUUCUGGAGCAUCCGCAGCUCUAACGGAGGAUGCUGCUCCUCCGUCCGCUGCUUUAAUCUGUGCAGUCCCCUCGGCUGCCUCUCCCGGUGCAUCCUGCAGCGGGUGACAGGUGCAGCAUGAUGCGCGGACAGGAAGGUUUUCCCUGAGCAAGGAUUUCUCUGCCUCCUCCAGUACGCAUCACCACUGACUCCUGUUAGCCGCAAAGCAGGGGGAAACACUGGAGCAUCUCUCCACUGCUUAAUUAUUUACCAGAAUCUGUUCCUGAACAUCAGCUGUGUCUUUGUUUUACACCCUCCUGUACAUGAUCUUAAACCCGGGAUUGAAGUGGCGUUGAUACGGACUGAUGGCCAGGCGUCCCGCAUUUCCUCAGCAGGGGGAUGCACCCUAAAAUAACCCCGGUGCCAAAUGUUAAGCGCGCACAUUCAUUUAUGGUGCAUAUAUUAUUUACAUUUGUUUUCACUAUUUUAUGCCGAAUUAUCCCUGCAGCUUUUAGCGCAUCGCAAACCGAGGGAGCCCUGAAUCUGUGACACGGAUCUCCGGAACCCCCCCUCCACCUGUCCCCCGGACUUUUUGAUGGCUUAUGUGUUCCGGAGAUGGAGGGUGUUACUGGUGCUGAACGUGCUCACCGUGGCCGGGUUCAUCACUUUCUGGGCCAAGUGCAACACCCGCAGCAGCGUCCCGACCGCCGCCGGCCCGGAGGCUGCUGCGGACGGGAGGAGGGCCCCGGGGAACGGGACCUCGCUGGGGCCCGGCAUCAGCCAUGAGGUGCUGCUGAAAAGGCUCAGCUCUCUGGAGGAUGUGGUGUACCGGCAAUUAAACGGUCUGUCCAAGUCUCUGGGCCUGAUAGAGGGCUUCGGGGGUCGAGGUAAGGGCGGCCUCCCCGCGACGCUGGCCCCCGCUGAGGAGAGCGACGCCAAAUACCUUUGGGAGAAGUAUGGCUAUAACGCAUACCUGAGUGAAAGGAUCUCCCUGGACCGGAACAUACCGGAUUUCCGGCCUGCCAAAUGCAGAAAGGCCAACUUCCCAAGAGAUCUCCCCCAGAUCUCCCUCAUUUUCAUCUUCAUCAACGAGGCUCUGUCGGUGAUCCUGCGCUCAGUGCACUCAGCUGUCAAUCACACGCCGGCUCACCUGCUCAAAGAAAUCAUCCUGGUGGAUGACAACAGCGAUGACGAGCAGCUGAAGGCUCCGCUGGAGGAAUACGUCAACAAGCGCUACCCCGGCCUGGUGAAGAUUGUCAGGAACCAGAAGAGGGAGGGGCUGAUCCGGGCCCGGCUGGAGGGCUGGAAGGUGGCCACCGGAGAGGUGACCGGGUUCUUCGACGCACAUGUGGAGUUCACCCCGUCCUGGGCCGAGCCGGUUCUGGCCAGAAUCAAAGAGGACCACACGAGGAUUAUCCUGCCGUCCAUCGACAACAUCAAGCACGACACGUUCGAGUUGGAGCGCUAUGAGAACUCGGGCCACGGCUACAAUUGGGAGCUGUGGUGCAUGUACAUCAACCCCCCCAAACAGUGGUGGGACGAGGGGGACACAUCGGCUCCCAUCAGGACUCCUGCCAUGAUUGGCUGCUCCUUCGUGGCCAAUCGCAACUACUUUGGCGAGCUGGGCCUACUCGACUCCGGCAUGGACGUCUACGGAGGAGAGAACAUCGAGCUGGGCAUCAGGGUGUGGCUGUGUGGAGGCAGUAUGGAGGUGCUGCCUUGCUCCAGGGUGGCUCACAUCGCCCGGAUGAAGAAACCCUACCUCAGUAACAUCGCUCUGCACACACGGCGGAACGCUCUGCGAGUGGCCGAGGUCUGGUUGGACGAGUACAAGUCCAACGUGUACCUGGCCUGGAACAUCCCCAUGGAGAACCACGGUAUUGAUUACGGAGACAUCUCUCAGAGGGUGGCUCUCAGGAAGAGGCUGCAGUGUAAGAGCUUCGAGUGGUACCUGGACAAUGUUUACCCAGAGAUGAGGAGGUACAACAACACAGUGUUCUACGGAGAGAUUCGUAACUCCAAUGCCAGCCACCUGUGUAUGGAUCAGGGUAUAAAGGAGAACCACACGGCCACCCUGCACCCCUGCCACGGCACGGGGCCUCAGAUAGGGCGGUUCACCAGGGAGGGCCAGCUGUUCCUGGGGCCCCUGGGCAGCACGGGGGACGAGACCCGCUGCGUGGUGGAUGACCAGACCAGCAGUCUGCCUCAGCUGCUCAACUGUGACAAGGUGACCAACGUCAGGCAGAAGACCUGGCACUUCUCUCAGAAUGACACCAUCAUAAACCGAGCGUCAGGGCGCUGUCUGGAGGUGGCCAGCAGCCGCCUGGUGCUGGGGCCCUGCUCCGGACAGAGGUGGCUCAUCAAGAACACCAUGAAGCAGUAGGGGCCAAUCCCCCGGGACCCCUGACCCCAGGGGCCGUUAAGAGGCCCCUGAGAUCGGCCCCUGAGAUCUGCCUCUGCCAAGGCACAGCAGGCAUCUCAAGAAGUGACAGAGGAGACCUCUCAUUGAUGCAAGGCUUGUGAAAAAAUACGUUUCUUUACAAAGCGGACAUUACAAAUAAUGCAAGUUCAGAAUGAGGACUGUAUCUCUCCACCUGACCGACUUCUGAUGUGACGUUGCCAUAAUUCCUGUGCCACGUUUUGUCUUAUGUGGAGGAAAAAUAAGGUUUUCUGCGUCUUCAAAAUAUUUGUGCAUUGUUCCAUUCUGUAUCAUGUAACAUCUUGGAGAUAUGUAAAAGAAUAAAACCCCUGAAAUUACAUUUUCAGAAAUGAUCAGAAUCCAUCGUAGUUUGUAAUGGGCUUCGUUAGUGGUUUUAAUCUCAAGUUACCUUGAAAUGAGGGACGCUGCAUUACAUUUUGAACAUAAAUGCCCCAUAGUGGUUUUUAUAAUCUUCUGAAGGGAGUAUUGAGCCUGUAAAUAUCUAUACUUUGAAGAAAAAGGCAUUAAGUAUUAAUAAUACUUGUUCUAUCAGAGCCUUGUUGUUUUGCAGUUAUUGUGAAUCAUAAAAAAAACACAUUGUCGAGGGCUACUGGGCUGGAUCAUGGUUUAAUAUGUUGUGGAUGUCUUUUUUUAUUGUCAUUUUUCGAUUGGAUAGCACCAAAUGCAGUACAUCUUGUAGCAUGAUUGUACGUACUGGACACGGGAAGAGGGCUGAAAACAGGCUGCAGACAGGAGGACUGCAGGACAAUUAUCUUCCAAUAAACUACUGAAUUCCA